UGUAUCUACUUUACGGCAGCGUUUCCAUGGCUACGGAGACGCUUGUAAACAAACUCAAACAGCCGUUCGUUGCAGUUGUUACUAAUAUCGUGUCUGUUCUUCUGCAAAUAUGCCUCCAAAGAAGAAAGAGAAAGCAAAAGGAAAGCGUGGCUCCAAGAAAACAGGAAGUGGGCGGGCUCAAGCGUUGAUCGAUGGAAUACCUAUCAACACUAUGACCAAGGAGCAGCUAGAGGGCCAUGUUCUAAGAUUGCGUAAUGAGCUGGAGAGAGAGAGAGAAGAACGUAACUAUGUGCAGAGUGAACUGGAGCGGGUUCAGCGUCUGUGGCAGGUGGCUGCAGAGAACCUCGACAACAUAAGAGCAGAACUAAGGCAUAAAGAUGUUGAGAUUGGAGAGGCAGAGGAGAAGCACCAGCAGGAGAUCAGUGUAUAUCAGCAGAAGAUGAAGCACCUCAUGUUCACACAGGAGAACACGCUUACUCAGCUUCAAGUGGACAGUGAGCAGAGCCUGCUCAACCUGCACCAGGAUGCAGUUGCAGAGGAGAACCGCGUUAUCCAGGAGAGGGAAGACCUGAGGAGGCAGCUAAGGGAAACGGAAGCAAAUUACCUUGCCAUCAUUGCCAAUAUGAAAGUGGAGAACAGUAAGGCCCUGGAUGCUCUAAGGCAGGAGUUUGAGGCAGAAGCAGCAGCAAUGGAAGCAAAAUCAGUGAAACGCAUCAAGGCCCUACAGACUCAGCUGGACCUCAAGCGCAAGACAGAGCUGGUUGCACAGGAGGAGAAGAAGAAUAAUUUCCUCUCCAGCAUAAUCUCUAACCAUGAAAAAACCUUUGAGGAGAUGAAGAAGUAUUACACCGACAUUACAGCUACUAAUCUCAAGCUCAUCACGGAGCUUAAGGCUGAAUUAGCAGAGCAAAAGGAGCGUGAACACAAACUGGAGCAGGAGAUGGGAGCAGCUAUCACCAGUCGAGCACGCUUAGAGGCUGAGGCGGCUAACCUUCGCAAGAAGUUGACAGACAUGCAAAGGUCUGUCCAGCGCUCACAGAGGGAUAAGGAGAGUUACCUGACAAGUCAGGCCCAGGUAAAGGUGUUAACCAGUGAGAAAGAAUCCAUACAGUGGGAACUUGAGGUUAUGCGGCAGAAGGCAGAAACUAUUGAGCGAGAACGUAAAGAAUUGUAUGACCACUUUGUUGCUGUUGUUGGAGAGGUACAACAGCGCAGCGAAUUGAGAAAUAUUGUGCUGGAGAAACGACUGAGUCAGGUAUCAGAACACUUGGAGAAAAAGGAAGCAGUUCUUUCAGAAGUCAUCACAGCAGCCAAUUUGGACCCAACUUCCUUCAGUCACAUAAGUCAUCAGCUGGAG